GGCGGGUAGAGUCAGAAGAGUCAGGAGAUGAUGAAGGGAAGAAGCAAGCAGGUUGCAUAGUAACAGACCUCAGUCAGCAGAGCCUGAGAGAUGAGCAGAAUGGGGAGAACUUAACAGGAGAAGCAGAGACACCAGUCGAUAUGGAGACAAUUAACCUGGACCCAGAAGCUGAGGAUGUUGACCUGAAUCAUUUCCGAAUUGGAAAGAUCGAGGGAUUUGAAGUGCUCAAGAAAGUGAAGACUCUGUGUCUGCGUCAGAAUUUGGUUAAGUGCAUCGAGAACCUGGAACAGCUGCAGACUCUCAGAGAACUGGAUCUCUACGACAAUCAGAUUCGGAAGAUUGAGAACUUAGAGGCCCUGACAGACCUUGAGAUCCUGGACAUCUCUUUUAACUUGCUGCGACACAUUGAAGGACUAGACCGGCUCACCCAGCUUAAAAAACUCUUCCUGGUCAACAAUAAAAUCAGCAAAAUUGAGAACCUGAGCAACUUACAGCAAUUACAGAUGUUAGAGCUGGGAUCCAAUCGAAUCCGGGCAAUUGAGAAUACUGACACACUGACUAACCUGGACAGCCUAUUCCUGGGAAAGAACAAAAUCACCAAGCUCCAGAACUUGGAUGCACUGACAAACUUGACAGUGCUCAGUAUACAGAGCAACCGGCUGACCAAGAUCGAGGGUCUGCAGAACCUGGUGAAUCUGCGUGAGCUGUACCUUAGCCACAACGGCAUAGAAGUCAUAGAGGGACUGGAGAACAAUAACAAACUUACAAUGCUGGACAUUGCAUCCAAUAGGAUCAAAAAGAUUGAAAAUGUCAGCCAUCUAACAGAGCUGCAGGAAUUCUGGAUGAAUGAUAAUCUCAUUGAGAGUUGGAGUGACCUGGAUGAGCUGAAGGGAGCCAAGAAUUUGGAAACUGUAUAUCUGGAGAGAAACCCCCUGCAGAAGGAUCCUCAGUACCGGCGCAAAAUCAUGCUGGCUCUUCCUUCUGUCCGGCAGAUUGAUGCCACGUUUGUCCGAUUCUGAACCUCCUGCCUAACCUCUCUCCUUCCCUCCUUGGAGAAAUGUCCCAGCUGGGUUUUUUAUCCACUUACCACGACCCAAAUACACUGGCACAGAGAAAACGGCCAAUAAAAAGCACUGAGUACCAGAUCUUGUGUAUAAUGCACUCUCUCUCUCAUUGUUUUUGAAAUAUUAUGAUUAUUAUUAUUAUUAUUAAAUCUUAA